GGGGGAAGCAUUAGCAGCCCUGCUGAGCUCCCACCAACACCUCUGGAACCAUGUUCAGCUCUCUCCUGCGCUCAGCGCUCGUGUUGGCGGCAGUCUGCUGUCUUACAUAUGCAGAGAGCGUCAUCACUUGUGAGGAUCGGAUGCAGCGACUGAGUUGUGAUCAAGGAGUGGUCAGUGUGCUCACAGUGGCCUACGGACGGACUGACAAACAGACCUGCAGUGAAGGCCGGCUCCCAGGACAGCUGGCCAACACUGCAUGCUCUCAAGGAGGCGCCCUGGAAACCCUUGCAAACAGGUGUACCGGCAGAAGGAUCUGUGAAGUGGACAAAACGAUCUUCAGUGACCCCUGCCCUGGCACCUACAAAUACAUCCAAACCACGUACACCUGCCUCCCUGCAAAUCAUGUCGUCGGCUGUGAGAUGUCGGAAGUGGAACUCUCCUGUGAUGCCGGCCAGACGAUAGCGCUCAUUGGAGCGUUCUUCGGGCGCGCCGACCGAACCACCUGCAUAUACGGUCGUCCUGAAGUUCAAUUCAAUAAAAUCACUUGCUUUACUCCUACUGCGAACCGAGUUGCAGCUGAAAGGUGUAACGGUAAAAAUCGUUGUAGUAUCUAUGCACUGGACUCAGUGUUUCAGGAUCCCUGUCCAACGACCAUCAAGUACAUGGAACUGGCUUAUACCUGUGAAUAUCCCCUCUGAGGAGAGCAGCAGGCCUACACUACCAACACCAACAUCUGGAGACACAUGCCCCCCCCCCCCCUCCCCCAGCUCUCCACCUGAUGAAUGAAUCUUGAUCUUGCUUUCUGCUUUUUGCAUUAAAUGAUUAUUACAACAUUCAAACUCAUGCUCUGAUGCAGUCAUGUGUGUUGUGAAAGAAAGAACAUCAGUGCAUACAAGUAGGCCUUCAUCUUCUACCAGUGAGAACUUUUGAUGUCUUUACCGAUCCAUUUACACCAUUUUAUGUCUACUAGGUUGACCUUCUGAGGUCAGAGGUUAUCAAGGCCUUAUUAUUAAAGCCUUGUUAUUAAAGCAUGCUACUGUUUGGACUCAUCUAUAUAGCCAGACUUCUUCCUUCCCUGAGAUACUAAUCCAAGACACUGGAUCCACAAACUUUGAAAAUCCCUUCAAACAAAUAUUCUCUUCAAAAUGAAAAACAUAGAACUCUUAAAACCGUUAUGAGAUAGAUUGAUCUCAGCGGUGUAGA